AUGGUAUACUCUCUCGUUACUCGCCGUUCAAUCCUCUCGGCUGCCACAGCCCGCGGCGCAAUCCGACCACUCUCCACAACUCGAUUCCUGCGCCAGAGCGGCGACGACAAGUCCAUGCCCUUCUCAGACUCCCCGGCUCCGCCACGCCUCCCGAAGGAAGAACAGGAGAUAUUCGAACAACUCCAGAGGCGCUCCACUGGCGCAUUCAGCACACCUCAGGUCAACCAGUCCCCACAGGCUGAGAUUCAGGCAGACGGCAAAGGUGGCGAGCUUCACCCCGAUGCGCCAAAGGGACUGCAGCCUGAGUUUGAGGGCGAGAAGAACCCAAAGACUGGCGAAGUUGGUGGGCCAAAGAAUGAGCCACUCCGAUGGGGCGCGGGUGGUGAUUGGAGCUAUGGUGGUCGCGUCACUGAUUUCUGA